CUCACGAUGGGCCGAAGAAAGAAUGGUCAGACAAUGGGUUGGAUAUGCUGGAAAUGAGCUCAAUCGAGGAAGAGCUGAACCUGAUGUAUCGUACGCGGAAAUUAAUGUGAAGAUGCUCACGGAGCCCAGGGUCCGGAUAGUUGGAGUCGGUCUGAACUCCACCUACUCAGAGCUGAAUUUUCGGAAAGAAGAAACCCGCGUCAAUAAGGACGAAGAUCCUCCCAUUUCCUCCGGACACAGCAGGCUGUCAAGCUCUGCACAAACAGGUCCGCAUAAACAGGAGACGAACGAGAACAUCGGAAAUAGACGGUACCGGAAGAUCUGCCUUCUCUGCCUAGUUACGUCCGUCCUUGUCGCGAUAGUGGCCGGGCUGUCGAUCUAUGUAUCACAGAUUCGUCACUCUCUGAUCACCUGCGACCGAGGCCACCAGGAAAUUUGGGAACAAUAUCAGGAGAUAAACCGGAACCAGCUGCAAUGUCGACUUCAGCAAGAUGAGUUGAACAAAACACUUGAAUCCAGCAUAACCCAGAAUUCCCGCCUGGCUCUCUCCCGGAGCACCUGUCUCAAGGAUAUCUCCGUCCUCAACAACAACCUCUCCAUCCUCGAAAACAAAUUGUUCGUCCUCGAAAAUGAAAACUCCGUCCUGAAAACCCAUCUCUCCGAUCUGAAUCAAAUCGAAACCAACCUCCGUCAAAAGAACAGUGACCUCGAAAAUCAGUACCGAUCUCUGAUCAAAGAGAAGGGUCAAAUCUGUCAACUGCUGACCAGCAGAAAAGAACUGGAUCAGAAGUAA